UAGACAGGAGAGCAGCUAACAGUGAUAACUAACACUUCUGAUCGAGGAGUAGAAAAAUUUGAACAUUAGAAGGCAAGGACAUCUCUUGUUAAGGUGUGUCUCCCCGUUUGAGGCUGUUUUAGUGCCUCAGGCUGCAGCUGUGACCCCAGUCCUCAGGACAUGCAGAGACCCCCCCUCCUAACCCCUGCUCCACACAGACACACACGCACACGUCGAUACUCACAGGCACAUCCUCUCAAACACACUCCUCAGGAAGAGGAAGGGGAAUGAUGACCACGUCCCACAUGAACGGUCACGUGACCGAAUCUGAAGGAGGAGGAGGAGGAGGAGGUGGUGGUGGUGGAGGUGGAGGCGGUAGCGGAGCAGGCGAAGUUCAGGACUCGUCCCAGUGGCACAGAGAGAUGGCCGUGGACUGUCCCGGCGAUCUGGGGGCGCGGACGUUGCCUGUCAGGCGCAGCGCCCAGCUGGAGAGGAUCCGCCAGCACCAGGAGGACCGAAGGAGGAGAGAAGAGGAGGGGCGUAAUCGGCAGGAGCUGGACGUCAACUCCUCCAUGCGCCUCAAGAAGCUUUCGCAGAACCCCAAAGUUGGAAUCGACAACCCCACCUUUGACCCCAUCGAGGGGCCAGGGGGGACCCUGGGGCCACUGCAGAGCCUUGCCGCCCCCCCACCGCUGUUAGAGCUGGAAGACCUGCUGAUGUCCCUGAAGCAGGCACAGCACUGCCUGAGUGAUGCCCAGAGUCAAGAGGAUGUAGAGUUGGUGCUGCAGCUGGUCCAGAAGACAGACUUCCAGAAGGCCUUCAGCAUCCACAACGCUGUGGCCCUGCACAUGAACCGGCCCAGCCCGCCCUUCCCCUUGACUGACAGAGCCCAGAGUCUGACACAGGAGGUUCAGGCUGUGGUUCACUCUAGCCAGCACAAAGAGGGACUGGAGCUGAGUUCUAUACUGUCAUCCCCUCACCUGCAGGCCCUGAUGGUGGCCCAUGACCGUGUGGCAGAGCAGGAGAUGCAGCUGGAGCCUUUGGGCCCAUCUGAUGGCCCCUGUGAGACCCUUACCCACUGGGGCGGUGAGACAGUUAAGAUUGUGCGCAUAGAGAAAGCCAAAGACAUCCCUCUGGGAGCAACGGUGAGGAACGACAUGGACAGUGUCAUCAUCAGUCGCAUUGUGAAAGGCGGGGCAGCAGAACGUAGUGGGCUGCUUCAUGAAGGAGAUGAGGUCUUGGAGAUUAAUGGGGUGGAGAUUCGUGGAAAGGAUGUCAACGAAGUCUUUGAUAUCCUGGCAGAGAUGCAUGGCAUCCUCACCUUUGUGCUGAUUCCCAGUCCUCAGACCAAACCUCCUCCCAUUAAAGAGACUGUGGUACAUGUGAAGGCACAUUUUGACUAUGACCCCUCGGAUGACCCCUAUGUGCCAUGCCGAGAGCUUGGAUUGUGCUUCCAGAAAGGAGACAUCCUCCACAUCAUCAGUCAGGACGACCCCAACUGGUGGCAGGCCUACCGUGAUGGGGAUGAAGACAACCAGCCCCUUGCUGGUCUGGUACCUGGCAAGAGCUUCCAGCAGCAGAGAGAGGCCAUGAAGCAGACGAUAGAGGAAGAUAAAGAGCCGGAGAAAUCAGGGAAAUUGUGGUGUGCAAAGAAGAACAAGAAGAAGAGGAAGAAACUCUUGUACAAUGCCCACAAGAAUGACGAUUAUGAUAACGAGGAGAUUCUCACCUAUGAAGAAAUGGCAUUGUACCACCAACCAGCCAAUCGCAAACGUCCAAUCGCCCUGAUUGGCCCUUCCAACUGUGGACAGAAUGAUCUGAGACAGAGACUGCUGUCCAGUGAGCCGGAGAGAUUCGGUGCUGCUGUUCCUCACACUACACGAAACAGGCGAGAGGGCGAGGUGAAUGGGCGGGACUACCAUUUCGUAUCACGUCAGGCCUUUGAGAUGGACGCAGCGGCGGGGAAGUUCAUCGAGUCUGGAGAGUUUGAGAAGAACCUGUACGGCACAAGCACUGAUUCAGUCCGGCAACUCAUCAACACAGGCAAGAUCUGCCUCCUCUGCGUGCACACCCAGUCUCUGAAGGUUUUGCGUAGCUCCGACCUGAAGCCCUACAUAAUCUUCAUCGCUCCUCCAUCACAGGAGAGACUGCGGGCUCUCCUAUCGAAAGACAACAAAAACCCAAAGCCCGAGGAGUUGCGAGAUAUUAUUGAGAAGGCUCGAGAAAUGGAGCAGAACUUUGGCCACCUGUUUGAUGCUGCCAUUGUGAACACUGACCAGGACAAAGCCUACCAGGAACUGCUCCGACUCAUUAACAAACUGGACACUGAACCUCAGUGGGUUCCCUCCUCCUGGCUGCGUUGAGAAGAGCUAACACACACUACACACACACACACACACAUAUACUAUACACUACACACACACAUGUAUGAUGUUUUGCUCUGAGAGGAAGUUUGUCUCUUUGGUUUCGUAGCCAACUUUAGAAUUUGUGGCUGGAUGGGUUGAUUCCAGACCAGGGUGGUUGCCAGUCUCACUUUAAGCAAUCUCUUAUCUCUACAUAUGUGGAACAGAACUGGACAGACUCUGUGUGCUGUUCAGAGAUUGCGCAACCCUUUUUGAUCUGUGUUUUGAUUUUGUUCCUGUCCUUUUUUGUGAUACUGCUUUAAUUUUACACACUAAAUUAACUUUCCACAUUCCAGAAAUAUGUAAGUAAUAUACCAGCACUUGGUAGCAGCAAUAGAAUUAGUGCUUCUAUACUGCUUUUGAUAACUAUUUAUAAUUGUAAAUAAAUGUAUUUUUAAAAAUUUAGUCAAGAAACUAUAGUUUCUGCUGUG